GAAAUGAUGAAGAAAGUAAAAAAGAACUCUAUAGUUCUCACUGGAAAAAACAGUAUGGUUAUGGAGCAAAGAAAAAGUAACUUGACAAUGCUUGGAGCUCACUCAAAGCAUGAAAUACACGCAUUACAGAAGAUUUUUAGCAAUAAAAGUAGUACCUCUACAUUAGACACAACCUUCAGAAACUCAAACAUAAGCAAUCAUGAGAAUAAGAGAAAAUAAGGUUUUAAGCAACACCAGACUUAAUGAUACCCAAAAUAAGUCUAGAGAAGUGUCAAUCAAUGGCCCAAGCUUGAAGAAGGAUAGGAAUAUUAUCGGCAGCAAGCUCAUAAAACCCACAGAGUCAUUAAAAAAGAAGGUCAUCAAGAGAGCAUGCACAAGUGUAAAGUCUGAUUACCAGAGCUCGAGUGCAUCUAAGAACAAAUUGACCAAGAAAAAGUUGAACUUCUAUAAAUAUCACAAUAAGUACUUAUCAAAGAGUUCAGCUAGAAAAGUGAAGAAGUGUCAUCCUAAAAGUGUCUCAAUGGAUUUAAAAGCAAGCACAGAGAAGGAAAAGUUUAAAUACUUAAUGCCAAAGAUAAGCCCUUCACCAAUUCGGGUAUCGGUUGACUUGAGAGAUCAGACGCUUAAGGAUAAAAUUAGCCAGAUCAAGCAUCUUUUUGAAAAAUUUCGUAGUAAAGCUCAAUCUGAAAAUUUGAGCUCAGAGUGUAGUACUCUGACCGAACCGAAGCAAUUGAACAAAAUUCAAGUAUGGUCCCUCAGAGACCAUUGAAAGUAUGCCCAAGGCAUUGGAAUGAUAAAAAGUACGCUUUCUCUCAUCCAGAGAAGAGAAUUAAGACAUUGUUUCCACACUUUGAGAUCCCUCGCAUAAUAACUUAUUUCCUAUUUUGAUUGAGAUUGUCAGGCCCAA